AUGUCGCCGGUCCUCCCUCCUCUUUUGAUGCCCAUGUCUUCUUCGGGUCUCAGCUCCUUUUCUGGAGCAACGUCGAGCAACGGCUCUCGGUCGUUCUCCAUCAGCAGUGAUUCUGAACCCUGGCUUCAUCAUAGUGGUAUGGUGCCUCCGAGGCCACACAUUUACGGGACUUCGUCUGAGGCACCGAUAAUUUAUCAGCAAAGUGCCAAAAGAUGCUUCCCGCCUACUCGUGAAUAUGCUCCGAUUGAUACUCAGAUUGGCAUCUCAAGCUGUCCACAGCAACCGUCGCCGGACUAUGACUUUCGCAUGGCGUACGGUGGGCCACCAGGAAUUCCGCACAGCCAAGGGGGUAUGCAUUUCUCGCCAGUUGCAUCGCUACCGCGCCCAGGUACGGUGUACCAUGAUUGGGACCAUCCUGCGCGUCUCCCCGCAGAAUCACUGAGGCAUGAUUACGAAUUAGCCAAGCCUAUGGAGACACCGGAAUGCCUCUUCGAGAGAAAUAGCCGGCGUAAUGCCGAAAAGGUGAAGACCACUACACGGUACCAUUCUCAGAGACGUCCCUCGAACCGUGACGAGUUUGAUGGACCCCAUCAGUUGCUGAAGCCACCGUCCCCGCGCGUCAUUGAGGAGCAGGCCAGAGAGCUUCCUCAUCUUCCUACUAAUCUUGAUGUUUCAGAGCAAGAUCGAAUCUUGAAUGCAGUUAAUGACCGCCUGUCCCAGUGUGCAUUUGACUUUGUUGCCAAGUACCAGUUCCCCAUCCCCUUGGAAGCAGACAAGAGAGAGGUGAGAAUUCCCUCGGACCGCGAAUGGACCGAGUGGGUAUAUCUCCUGAAAAGGCUGGCCACCAAGCGCCGCGUACCUGCCCGGGUUCUUUACAAUGGCCAAAUCAAACAACUAGUGACAGUAUUGGAAAAUUCCCUGGAAAUGAGACAUGCUGCCAAACAUCAGUCCAGACCCAUCAAGGAUGAUCGCAAUGUGCUCCAGCUCAUCUCAGCCGGCACUCAGGUUGCCAAAAUGCUCAAAGAUGCCAGUGCCAUGGAAUAUCUGGACAAACUUUAUGUUGAUACCGAGAAACGUAUCCAUGAGCGGCGCAGUCGGCGCGUGAAAUUCGCCAGCCCUUGA